ACAAUAGGUUAUCAAGCCAGCGAACAGAUUAUUGUUUAUUAAAUGCUUUGCAAAUUAUUAUUUAAUAAACGCUUGCUGCGUUUAAGAUUGUACACACCAAGAUUCGUUUUAAACCGCGACAAAAUUUAUUUUUGUAAUUCAGUCAUAGCUUAUCGUGAAAUACCAUUUAAAUAAACUAACUACGCAACGUGGGAAAAUUUUAUUAUCGCGUGUUUGAAAAUAAUACAAAAGGACAUUGGACACCAAAAUGACUUUAGCAAAGAUCGAAUUUGCAGUGAACAUGACUUGUCAGAAAUGCGUUGACGCGGUACGUAAUAGUUUGACUGGUAUAAAUGGAAUUGAAAAUAUUGAUGUAUCAUUGGAAAAGGGAAAUGUUGUAAUAGAAACAAAUUUACCAGCCUCUGUUAUUCAAGAAAAAAUUGAACAGUCUGGGAAAAAAGCUGUUUUGAAAGGAUACGGUGAUAAUUUUAGCGCAGUUGCAAUGUUGGGAGGAAAUUCAGGAUAUAGUAUAAAUAACAAGAUAAUGGGUGUGAUAAGAUUCACAGAGACCUCGGAUGGAUGCAUUGUAGAUGGUACGGUUGAUGGUUUAAAUCCAGGGGAACAUGGUAUUCACAUACACGAGUGCGGCGACAUUUCGAAAGGUUGCGAUAGUGUCGGGGAACAUUUUAAUCCAAAUAAUACAGUACACGGUGGACCUGAAGAUGAUGUACAUAAACGGCAUGUAGGAGAUCUUGGGAAUAUAACAGUAGAUAAUUCUGGUAGAGCUACAUUUAGAAAAAUAGACAAACUUGUAAAAAUACCUGAUAUUAUUGGAAGAUCUCUAGUUAUAACAGAAAAUCCAGAUGAUUUGGGAAAAGGAGAUAGUCCAGAAUCUAAAAUAAAUGGAAACAGUGGAAAUAGAUUGUCUUGCGGUAUUAUCGCUCGUUCCUCUAGUUUGUUCCAAAAUACAAAAAAAAUUUGUGCUUGCGAUGGGCUUACAUUGUGGGAUGAAAGGGACAAAACAGUUUCAAAUAAUCAAAAAUCUAGUUAUGCUGAAGCAAGUAAUACUUGUAUAGUAUCUUAAAUCGAUUAGUAACUAUUCAUUAUUUUAGAAUACAACAGUUACAUGCAUAGAGUUCAUGUAUCAAUUAUUUGUUGCAUGCUUUUUACAAAUGUAUACUAUAAUUAUACAAUGUUUGUUUAAAGAAAAGUAGUAACAAAUUUUAUUUUAUUGCAUCAUUUAUACAAAGCAUUUAUUUAAAUAAUUAAUCCUUACUAAUGAAAUCUUGCAUUUUCUCCU